AUGCAGCAGCCUCUCAUUAUUUUGGGUAUAGGCAUUGUUCUGGCUCUUGUCAGUAAUGUUGAAAGCGGUGUGUUAAGGAAACCUGUUGAUGAACACGAAUACGAAAAGUGGACCAACGCUAGAGGAAAUGAAGCUGCUGUGCCACCACCAAAGUAUAAGAUGCUUAGAUACGCUAAAAAGGCGAUAAAUGAACCGGAAAAUCGGAAAAUGUCCUGUUUGUUCUGCACAUUUGCAGUUGAUGGCGUUCAAGCUUUGAUAGCUCAGAAUUCAACGGACAAUGAGAUUGCAGCUUUUCUUGUCAACCUUUGCGAUCUUUUCGAUGUUGAACAACCACAUGUUUGCAAGAACAUUAUCUAUGCGUUCAAAGAUGAAGUUGUGUUUGUUCUUGAGAGAUCUGUUUUCACACCGGAAGAGAUUUGUGGAGCCUUUAUUGCUAACUGCGGUCACUCGGAUAAACCUUUGACGCAUAUGUGGAACAUCACAAUUCCUGGCGGAAAGCCUCCAAUCAAACCUUGGCCGAAAAUUCCAGACAACAAACCGACAUUUAAAGUGCUUCAUUUGUCCGACAUUCAUAUAGAUCAUCAGUACGUAGUUGGCACAGAAGCUUAUUGUCAACUGGAUAGUGCCCUGGGUACAUAUGCAAUGUGUUGUCGCGACUAUAGUCAAGAUAGCCAAGGAGCCCCGACAAAUUUGAAAGAUAAACCAAUCUAUGUUCCCGCAGGUCCAUGGGGAAUGCCUUAUUUGUGUGACUUACCUUAUCAGACAUUUGAAUCAGCAAUGAAGCAUAUUAGCAAAACAUUCAAAGACCUUGAUUACAUCAUCAUUACCGGAGACUUUGAGGCGCAUGAUUCAUGGGAUUACACGGAAGAUCUGACCCGUGAAAAUAUGAACAAUAUGACUAACGUGUUUCUAGAGUAUUUCCCUGGCGUCCCCGUAUAUGUCUCCAUCGGAAAUCACGAGGGAGUUCCACAAGAUGCGAUGGCUCCACAUACAAUGCCUGAAUAUGAUACAAGAGGUCCUCAGUGGUUGUAUAAGAUUAUGUCUGAAAUGUGGUCUCAUUGGAUUCCACAGGAAGCUUUGGAUACUGUUCAAUAUCGCGCCAGUUACGCAGUGUACCCGAAACCUGGUCUCAAACUGAUUUCACUCAACACUAUUUACUGCUCGGAGUUCAAUUUCUAUUUGUAUGUAAAUGAAGUAGAUCCCGAUGCAACAUUGGAGUGGUUAAUUGAAGAAUUGCAGGAUUCGGAAAAUAAGGGAGAGCUCGUUCACAUCAUUUCUCAUAUUCCACCGGGCGAUAAUUAUUGUUUGAAAGGAUGGUCAUGGAACUUCUUCGAGAUUGUGAAGCGUUAUGAGAACACCAUUGCACAAAUGUUUUAUGGACACACUCAUUAUGAUCAAUUCAUGGUUUAUUAUGAUAUGGACGAUCCAAACCGAAGACCAUUCCACUUCAAUUGGAUCAGUCCCUCGUUGACCACGUACGACUGGUUGAAUCCAGCUUAUAGGAUUUAUGAAAUAGAUGGUGGUUACGAAGGGGCAACAUAUACGGUCAAGGAUGCGAAAACAUACUUUGCAAAUGUUACUGAAGCCAAUAUGAAAAACAAGGAACCAGAAUGGGUGCUUUCUUACGACACCAGAGAACACUAUCAAAUGGCUGAUUUCUCACCUCAAUCGUGGUCCGAUUUGAGUGACAAACUUUGGACUAACACUACACUGUUUAGGGAUUACGUGAGGCUCUAUUACCGAAAUCACUACAACAACGAAUGCUAUACUGAUUACAAAUGCAGAUAUACGUUUGUCUGUGACAUUAAAAAAGGAAGAAGCUAUGAUGAGAGUUUCUGUGAUCAUUUAACAAAAUAGUUUCACUUUUGACUUUCUCAGAUGUAUUUUCAUUAAUUGUGAUUUUUUCAUUGAAAUAAAAUAUGAUUUUCAGUAC